CGUCUCCGGGCGGGAGGGCGGAGCGGCGCAGAUCGCCGGGAGCAUGUGGCCGCUCGGACGCCGCUGGGCUGCCGGCCUCCUGUCCCGCUCGGCGCUCCGGGACUCGGCCCAAACCGGAGCCGGGACCCUGCGGCCGGCAAGGAGCAUCGCACUCGGCGGCCGCCGAUACCUGCGCGCCGGGACCGCCGCGGCCUGCGCGCCCCGCCAGGCGGGUUUGAGCCUCUAUUGCCUCAACCAGAUUCUCAAUGUCAAAAAGCAGAAUGUCUGUUUGAUGAACUUGAGGACAACAGGAAGUUUGGGCAACCCAGGCUCCUUAGAUGAGACCACCUAUGAAAGACUGGCCGAGGAGACCCUGGACUCCUUGGCAGAGUUUUUUGAAGACCUUGCAGACAAACCGUACACAUGUGAAGACUAUGACGUCUCCUUUGGGAGUGGUGUUUUAACAAUUAAACUGGGCGGCGAUCUAGGGACCUACGUGAUCAACAAGCAGACCCCCAACAAGCAGAUCUGGUUAUCUUCGCCAUCCAGUGGCCCCAAGCGCUACGACUGGACCGGGAAGAACUGGGUGUACUCCCACGACGGCGUGUCCCUCCAUGAGCUGCUGGCCACGGAGAUGACGGAAGCCUUCAAAACCAAACUGGACUUAUCUUCUCUGGCCUAUUCUGGAAAAGACACUUGAUGCCCAGCCCCGUUGGAAAGACAGUAGAAGCUCCAAAGCCAAGACCCAGCUUCCUUCUGCAGCCGAAUGUCUAGUUUGUUCCGUUCCUGCUUUUGAGGGCAGUUGCAUUGUGGGUAACAGCUCUGGGAAAAGAAUACGUCGCCUGCCACCCUACCUCUGACUUUGGAUGAUUAAUUUCCAUGGCGUUUUUGGACUUAUUGUCUGAUUUCCUCCCUCACAUGAUACCUGUAUCUAUAAUGCCUACAUACCCAUAUAGUACGCCUUGCAACAAAGAAAAAUAGUAAUAAGGAAAAAUUCUGAGAGGAGAAAUGAAUUGGCUUCACUAUUCUUCAAGGACUUAGUGAAAAACUGCAUGAAGAGUGGCUGGCUGAACUCACCCUUGUCUCAAAAUGAGACUCAUUAAAGAGUAGCUUCUAAGUGUUCCCACGCCUCUUGAAAACAUGGGCACUUAAGCCCGUUACUAUUGAAGUUCCAGUGGCAACUGGGAAUUCUCAAACCGAAGACCAUUCUCUCUUUGUGCUUUGUGUCUGCCAGGGCGUAUGUAGCCUGCAGGGGGUGUCUCGGAGAUAUGGUGCUGUUUCUCACAUACAUACAUGUACAGUGUGUCCCAAAAAAUGUAUACACGCUUUGAAUAAUUAUUCAUUCCAGUGGGUUAAACCUGAAAAGAAGGAAGCAUCAGCUGAGGCUAUCAGCUGUUAAAGUGUGUAUACAUUUUUUGGGACACCCUGUAUAUGUACAUACACACAUUUAAGUAUGUUUGAGCGUAUGUAUUUGUUUUUUUUUUUUUAAUUUUAGGGUCAGUAUAGAAUCAGCUGCUGCAGCACAGGUCUGAGAAUGCAAAAGGCCUCCCAAAGGCAAGAGCGGAAAGGCAGCUCCAUGAGCUCAUAGAUGUUGUAUAAUAAAGGAAAGGGAGCCGAGGGGGCUCUUUGUAAAUGGUGAGGGGCCACCCAAGGGAGAGAGAUGGCUGUGUUAACGCCAAGAACCCUGGCUUACACUUGGCUCAGCCCGAAGUGCGGUCUCUGGGCAAGAUUCACGUACUGGCUGGCCCCUGUCUUCCUGUGUGUUAGAUGAGGCAGUUGGGUUAGAUAGAGGAUAGUGGAUUCCCAGUUCAGACAGCCAGCAUUCCCGUCAGGCAACGUUGUAACAACUAGCUCAAUUACCUCUGCUAGGCGAGGGGUGGCAGGAACCAUUUUUUUUUAAGCUUUAGAAUAAAAUAUAUGAUUAUUAGAAUUACUUGAAUGUCCACGGAAUUCAUGUUUAAAUAAUAACCUGUAUUGUGCCCUUACUGUGCUGAUAUGCUAUAGACUGAAUGUUUUUGUUCCCCCCAAAUUCGUAUGUUGAAUCCUAAUCCCCAAAGUGAUGGUCUUAGGAGGUGGGACCCAUCUAUCAUCGGGGGACACAGCAGCCUAUAAACCAGACACUGAGUCUGCUGGGACCUUUAUCUCAGACUUCCAACCUCCAUAACUGUGUGAAAUAAACUCUGUUGUUUGUAAA